UCCAGACUAAUCCCUGAUGGUCUGCUGUGUCCCAGGCUCGUCCCUACCCUCCCAGAGCUUGGUCUACACCGGUAAAAACCGUCCAUGGCGAGGUCAGACUGCUUUGGAGCCUUAAGGGAAUAAAUCGGGUGCCCAGGCGCUCAGAUGGAUGAGGGCGAGCAGAACAGCUGAGGACACAGCAGGGCGGGGUCUAGAGGAUCAGCCGUGAGAAGAUCGCGACCACGCAACGAGCGCUAUCAGGAAUACCAACCCGCGACUGGGCUGCGAGGGGUUAAAGGCGCCACGGGAAGAAAAGUAGUCCCGGCCUCACGGAAGGAAAAGUAGUCCCGGACCCGCCCCGGCUGGGCGGAGGGACGCAUCACUCAGGGGUGGGGAAAGAAGAUUCGUGCGCAGGGUUGCUGAGGGUGAAACUUUUCAUUGACUUUGCUCACUUCGGGCCGGGCGCGGGAAGGUGCCGGUCGUUGUUACUGGGUGUCGCGGGAGCCGAGAGGCCAGAAGGACAGGACUUGCCCGCCGGCCACAUCCCGGGCGGGCCUCCAUCCACCGCGUGACGGGUGCCAUCCUCGGGUCCGCCAUCCCCGCGCCGUCGCCGCCGAGCUCGACCUUCAGAAACAGCGGAAAGAAUCGUAUGAACCCGGUCCUCGGCCCCUCCAACCCUCAACGACGUAGAAGGACACCGUGGACCUCGGCCUCGCGGCGCCGGGGAGGCUGGGCGAGAGACCUCCGUCCCGCGGCCUGCAGAGCGCCCCUUCGCGGAGACCCGAAACCCUGUGGAUCCCGGGGCCGCUCAUCUUCUACUCCUGCCGCUGCUCUUGGCCUGUGCACGUACCUCGGGCUGAUUCUCUGCCUAAGAGAGGAUCAUGCAGCUGGAGAUCAAAGUGGCCCUAAACUUCAUCAUUUCCUAUUUAUACAACAAGCUGCCCCGGCGACGGGCAGACCUGUUUGGGGAGGAGCUAGAGCGGCUUUUAAAAAAGAAGUAUGAAGGCCACUGGUAUCCUGAGAAGCCAUUGAAAGGUUCUGGCUUCCGCUGUGUCCACAUUGGGGAGAUGGUAGACCCUGUGGUGGAGCUGGCUGCCAGGCGGAGUGGUUUAGCAGUGGAGGAUGUGCGUGCCAAUGUGCCCGAGGAGCUGAGUGUCUGGAUUGACCCCUUCGAGGUAUCCUACCAGAUUGGUGAGAAGGGAACUGUGAAAGUCCUGUACCUAGAUGACAGUGAGGGUGGUGGUACCCCAGAGCUGGACAAGGAGAUCAAGAGCAGCUUCAACCCUGAUGCCCAGGUGUUUGUGCCCAUCGGCAGCCAGGACAGCUCCGUGUCCAACUCUCCAUCGCCAUCCUUUGGCCAGUCACCCAGCCCCACCUUUAUCCCCCGAUCUGCCCAGCCUAUUACCUUCACCACUGCCUCCUUUGCUGCCACCAAAUUUGGCUCUACAAAGAUGAAGAAGGGUGGCGGGGCAUCAAGUGGUGUAAGUGUGGCUGGUGGUGGGGCGAGUGGCCAGCAGCCAGCGCCACAGCAGCCACGCCUGGCCCGCUCACCCACGAGUAACCUGCUGAAGCACAAGAGCCUCUCUUUGUCUAUGCAUUCGCUGAACUUCAUCGCAGCCGGUCCUGCCUCCCAGUCCCAGCUUUCACCCAAUGCCAAGGAGUUUGUGUACAACGGUGGGGGCUCACCCAGCCUCUUCUUUGAUGGGGCAGAUGGCCAGGGCAACAGCACUUCGGCCCCCUUUGGGAGUAGUGGAGCGGGCACUUGCAACAACAGCAGCUUUGAUGUGUCCCAGGUGUUCGGAGGUGGCACUAACAGCCUCUUCUUGGAGAAAACACCCUUUGUAGAAGGCCUCAGCUACAACCUGAACACCAUGCAGUAUCCCAACCAGCCCUUCCAGCCUGUCGUGCUGGCCAACUGACCGUCUUCUGUCUGCCAGGCCAGGAGCACCCUCGACCACAGAAAAGAGAAAGGCAGGGCCAAACGAAAGAGGAAGAGAACUAUACAUAAAGAUUCCAGUCUUCUCACUCUCACAGCUAGGAAAAAGAUCCGCCCAGGCACAGAGUAGGAGGGGCUCCCGAACACGGAGUCGUGUGUAACUCAGCCCCUGACUAUUUUCCGGCCUGCCUUUGAUUUCAUUUGGUUGGUUUGGGUUUUUUGUUUUUGUUCUGUUACAUGUAGUUUUCUAUAUGGCAUCUUUAAUUAGUGGUUUCCUGCGCUGAGUGGUUCAGAUGUGAAGCUGCUCCCCACCCCCUCCUUCAUGCUGUUUGGGAUUGGUGUGUUCAAGAUCACAGGGAAGAGCAGCAACUGCAACCAGACGCCCCUGGGGCAGGGAGAGGCUGGCCCUGUGUGCGUGACCUCUACACUAGCUAUCUUCUCAGGGCCUGCCACCCGGAUAAGUCUGGCCCUAGCUUCAAGUCCGCCUCGGACUGGGCCACAGGGAGCUGCUGGCUGGCCACUUGACACCCUCCACUAAAGCUAAUAUCUGUGAGUAUAGGGAGGUUAGCAUUUACUUUAGCUGGAAUCCUUCUCUGUCCUGUGGUCCCAUCCCUCACCCCCUCCUGGCCUGGACAUGAUGUAUUAGCCUCUCCUUCUCCGGUGCAGCCUUUUCCUGAGCCUAAGGUUAGAUGGAGUAAAGGGUAGAGGUAGGGUAAGUGUGUGUGUUUUUGUGUGUGCAUUCAUGCCUGUGAAUGUGUGUGGCUUGUUGUCAUGUUCUAAAGGAUUCCAAGCCACGUGGAACUUCCCUCUCUGGGUAUGAUUCUGGGUUGCAACAAGUGCUUAUUUAUGUGCAAGGCUGUGGGAUGGGCCCAGGGUAGAUUGAUAGUCCAUUUGUAAGGCUGUAGGGCAGAGUAUGUGGGGGGUGACAAUGGCUAAGCCUAAGAAACUCCAGAGGAGAGCACUGCACAAGGAACUGGUUUUCCAGACUGCGGAGGGAGCUGCACUUUUUGUUUUUGACCAAAAAACAAAACUCAGAAGGUCGUGAGAGAUACCCAAACCUGACGCCUAAGAGGAGUCCCUAGACUUCAGCAACUCUGUUGUGUGACCUUAGCCCAGGGUAGGGACAGGGAGAGAAUUUGGAGUCAGUGCCUGUGGUGGGCAGUACUGAGCCUUGAAUUGAGACUUUGUGAUUUUUUGGUUGUAGGUGUAAAUGCAUUUGAACCAUCUGAGAACUUUUGGUUCCUGUCUCUUGCCAUACUGUGUCUGCCCUCACCUAGCACUACUUGACCUUGAUGCUGUGAGAUAGGAACUUGUGGGCAGACAAGAGAAGCCCCAUCACCAGAAAGCACCAAAGCCCUGACCUCCGCCCUCCCCAUGGACUCCCUGUGGGAAGGAACUGCUGUGGCAGUGAGUUCAGCCCAGACUGACACUGCCAACCCCUCCCCUUGCACUGGGCACUCGCUCUACCUCCCCCAGCAGGGCAAGGCCCCGAGUUGUCAGCCCAGCACCGUCUGUCCCUAGUCCUCUCCAGCCAGCCUUUCUGGGCCUCCUGUUCCUCACCUCAGCGCCCACACAGGUGACAGUCCCUGGUAGGUAGCCUCUCGGGGACAAGUCGGGUGUUGCCUUACCCCAUUUCCAGCCCCUCCUCACGUGCACACAGGUACCACCUGCACCCAAGCCAGCCUGGUUUCUCACACAUGGGGAGACUGGAGCCCAGCCCCCUGUGUCAUUUGACGUAGGAAAAAAGUGAGUGUUCAGGAACGUGACUCCUGGACAGGGCUCUUGGGCCCAGUUCAGUGUCUCAUCGCAAAUCUAGGCAUUUUUGCUUCAAUUUUUUUUUUUUAAGAAAAAAAGCUCUGCACUAAUUUACCUGGUUUCGUAGAAGAACUUUUUUUUAUUUUUUACAUUUUUUGGUGUCCGUUUGUAUUGAAUAAUUUGCUACAUUUGUAAAAUGUAAGAGGUAUAUAUAAUAUAUGUAUAUUUCUAAUGUAAGAAACGUAAUUUUUUUCUUUUCAAGAUUUUUUCUUAAAAAGGAGAGAAACCAAUAUUUUUUCAGGAAAAACAAACUUUAAAAAAUAGGAACAUAAAACCUUUUCCUCCCGUUUCCCAAUCCUCUCACCCUCUCACCCAGGAGCAAACCUGAAGGUGGAAAUCUUGCUAAGAAUGUAGCCGUCAGUCUAGAAUGCUGUCUUUCUCUUGAUUCUGUAGCGUCUCCCUGGGGGUGGGAAUAGGCAUUGAGGCAGCAGCCAUGGAGAGGAGCCGGAAGCAGGGCGAUGACCUUUUUUUCUCUAGUAAAGGAAGAAUGCAAUCAAGACAUUUUGUAUUCAGAACGUUGUGCAAUAUUUUGGGAUGAGACAUUGGUGUGUUUAGAGAUUUAGUUUCAAAACAAAGAUUGAUCAAAUCUGUACAGUUUAUAUUGUUCCAGAUUUUUUUAAGUUUGUAUUAAAAGCAUGAUAUAUAAUA